AUGGCUACAAAAGUUGUUGACUUCUUGAAUGAGUCUGGUGGGAGCAAUUUUACAGAAAGCGCACCACGGCCACCUACCUACGGUGAAGAAAAUGAGCUUCAGUCCAAUGGAGGGAACUCUACAAAGAGUAGUAACUCUCACAAGAGCCACGGCUCAAACAAGUCACACUCUUCUACCAAGAGUGUUGCUUCUGCCAAAGGGGAUCAUGUUCACUCGCCGGCAAGCACACCCCGAAAGUCUAACCUAGAAGGGAAUAGGGCAGCUGAUUCCAUGACGGGUACAGUGGCUCCUGCUAAAGGUAAAUAUGAAGAUGGCGAGGCAGUGGCAGCUCCGCUGGGGUUUGAACCUGAAGGCAGUGCAGCUAACUCGCCUCAUUCGGAAGGUACUCCACCUCAUUCUAAAUGGGCAGAGUCCCUCAGAUGCCUUCUGGAAGAUUCUGAAGGUGUGGCAUUGUUUAGAGACUACAUGGACCAUGAAUUGCCCGGAGGUUCAGAAGAGCUGCAGUUUUGGUUUGCUUGUCAAGGAUUGAAAAAGACUAUAAUCAACUCUAAGGAAUUAGAUCAUUCAAUAACUAACAUCCAGAAGGUCAUCUACAAGCGAUAUGUGCGCAGCGAUAAAGUCAGAUCCAUCACAAAAACAGUAAAAAGAGAUAUAGCUGAAAAAGUUUCCAACAGAAAUGUUAUAGACCCGUGUAUAUUUGAUUCAGCACAGGAGGAGGUAGAAAAAUCUAUGCAGUCUACGGCGUACCCAUCGUUUCUGGCAUCUCAUUACUACACUGAGUACCUUCAUGCUGAUACAGACAGUCCAAAGUCUAGUCCUUCUAGUGGAUCUGACAGCGCCAGACCCGUAUCUCAGACGGGUCUCCUGCCAGUCGUCCAUGAGGACAAGGAGUUAAAAAAUGAGGACUUACACGCGUCCUUUCAGGUGCCGGUGAUGAAUAAGGGAUCAUCAACUGGAAAAAGAGCACCAUCUUCUUCUUCACUACGGCAUGCGGAAACUGUUACUGGAUCAGCAAUUUACCCCUUGAAACGGCCUUAUUACCCGACCCACAUAUCAUAUGCUCCGGUAUCAGCACAGGAUAGUGAACUACAGAGCUUGUCUAGUGAUGCCCUCACAGAUGACACCAUGUCGGUCACUGAUGGCAGUGUGGAUGGCGGCCGUAUUUCCUCUAAAAAACAUAUAAAGUACGCAUGGAAAGUUCUGGCUUCAGAAAAUCGAGAGACGGCUACCGGUUUAAACAGGUCUAUAGUACCGAGAACUCAUCAUCCCCCCAAGGACAGUCAGAUGGCACAGAAUAACCCCAAUCAGUUCAGUGCUCUCUUGAUAGAGAAGCUGACUAGAAUAGUGGAGGAGAGGGAGAGCACUGCCAGAAUGGAGGAAAAGAUACACAAAAGUGAAGAGAGAUCUGUGACAACUUUUGCCAAAGCCAACACAUCAGCUUCUUUCAUGCCCCUCUCCACAACAAUGGAGGAAGAGACAGCCGAGAGUAUUUUAGACCAACAUUGCUCACGAAUCUGGGAGUCAUCCAACCAUGACACACCCUCAUACUCACCGCCACGGCCUAGCUCGCCUCCCUACAGGUCGCCAGAUCGUCACAAAGACCUUCGUUCAAAAGCCUUGGUCCACCCUCCUGGACUAUCUCCUGCUGCAUAUGCACCCCGGAGCUCCCACAAAAAACGGGAGUUUGUCACGUACGAUAUUGACGAUCGCAGUAUGUUGGUGUCCGGGACAACGGAGACUCAUCGUCACAUCCAUUACCAUCAUUAUCACCACCAUCGUGAUUCGUUAAAGAAAGCACAUGUAGACUACGAUACACAGACUAGUGGUGUCUCAGCAUGGAGGACUGAAAACUUACAGAAUAUUUCUUCGGAGUUACCUAAUCCUUAUUAUGCAAAUAGAGGCAGGACUCACACCCGAAAAAAUAGUAGUAAUGUGCUUAAAAAAACUUCAGAUUCCUGCAGUAAUUUUGACAGUGGGAUUAGUGUUAUGGAUUCUGUAAAGACCGCUUCCAUGAACUGGGGACAUCCAGCAAGUGAAAAGGUUAUGAAGUGGAUGAUGAACACUGAUAUAGUGCAGGAGGUCUCUGCGACAGUACAGGACAUGGAAAAAAGCUCCUCGACCCAUAGACAUUCACACAGGCUUAACCAGUCUGCAACAUCUACUCAGCAGAUUAAGACAUGCUCCAGAUCCAAGAGUGCUGCUGUCCGGUCUGCAUCAGUCGACAGAACUGGCGGAUCGUUGUCUUUGUGGACCGGUGCCACACCAGCAGUGCCAGGCCAACAGCCUUCCCAAGAUGCUUCUUUAUGCCUGUUUGCUACACCAAAUUCCAUACCCCCACAGUCCAGGACAGCAGCAGUUGCAGCAGCUUCACCUCUCAAAUCUAGGAGCUUUACAAGUGUUCCACCAAAGGACAGGAUGAGAACUCCAUUGAGUGGUAUUUCCCUUGCAUCUACCUCACACAACCGUACCUUGCCACCUACCCGAACAGUGCCUUCACACCUGGAUUCAUCUAGUGCCAACCAAUCAUUUGAUAUAGGUCUGAGAGCUUCAGCCAACACGACCUCACUGAUGCAAAACAACACUGAAACAAUCAUCGGUAUCUACAUGGGCCAGGAACCUAUACCAUACAGGCACCAGCUGCCAGGGAGAGCUAUCACCUUGGCACAGAUUAAAUCAUUGCUCACCAAGAAAGGGCCUUUCAGAUACUAUUUUAAAAGACACAGUGAUGAGUUUGGAGACGGUGCUGGAGCUGUGUUUGAAGAGAUCAGCGAUAAUUCCACCAUUGUUCCCUUGUGGCAGGGCAAGAUUGUCGUCAAAGUGGAAAAGAUGGACUAG